AUGGAGAAGUACGAGGAGGUCCUGUGUUUGGGCAGGGGGGGAGCGGCGGAUGUGCUCCUGAUGAGACACGCGGAGUCCAAGAGCUUGCAUGCGGUGAAGAGGAUAAAAGCAGACGGGUCUAAGAAAACCAAAACACACAGGGCAAUCCUGCAAGAGGCUGAAAUCAUACGGCAGCUGGAGCACCCUCACAUUGUCACGUGCAGCGAUGCCUUUGUGAGCUCCGAUGAUGGACUGAUUUACAUUGUGAUGGACUACUGUGAUGGUGGGACAUUAGAUGACAGAAUUAAACAGAGGAAACCUGGGGAAUAUUUUGCAGAAAAUACCGUCAUGGAGUGGUUUGUACAGGUCACCAUGGCAGUGAAGCACAUACACACGGCGAAAAUACUGCACAGGGAUAUAAAAACCUCAAAUGUGCUCCUGACAAAAAGAGGUGUGGUGAAGUUGGGGGAUUUUGGGAUAUCCAGAGUGCUGACCAGCACACUGGACAUGGCUUCCACAUGUGUUGGGACACCCAGCUACCUUAGUCCCGAGCUUUGCCAGGACGUCCCGUACAGUUCCAAGUCCGAUAUUUGGGCUCUUGGCUGCCUGCUGUAUGAAACCUGCUCUCUGCAGCCGCCAUUUGCGGCCACAAACCUCUUGAGUCUGAUCUACAAGAUCACCAGAGGGGAGUACGAUGCUGUGCCUCACACGUAUUCAGACAACAUCUCUUCCCUGAUCCAAAGAAUGCUCUGUCUCAACCCAGAAAACAGGCCGAGCGCAGCCUCUAUAUUUGGUAUUGCCUACGUGCAAGAUCAGCUGCAAGAGUAUGCCAGGCGUAGAGGGACAAAGCCAGCAGUCUCAAGCCAUGACAGUGACUGUGUUGCUGCGAUCGAACCUGGGGCAGGGGACUAUGAUGUGGUCGUAGAGGAGAAAAACAUAGGCAUGGAUGCCACGCCAGGGCCAGAUCCUUCCAGUCAGUCCCACUCAGGGGGAAGGAGAGAGCCCAGUAUGGACGAGGCCUGUCCCAGUGAUAUAGAGGAGGAAGAUGGAUUAAAGGCAACUGAGGUUUCAGAGCAAGAGGAGUAUGAAGAUGACUUUGAUGAAGAUGAUGAGGAGGAAGAUGACGAGGAUGGGCCAGUCUUAGUCCACAGUGGUCAUGCUGCUCUCCAUCUGCCAGCUGAUAGAAAUGAUGAUGCACUAGAGGAGGAGUUUCACUUGUGCGAUGCUGGAGGAUUGACCAUCACACUGAAAGCACUGAGGGAAAAGAGCAUUAUGGAAGACUUCAGGCCUUCUCUCUUUGAGGGUAUUAAAGGACACUUUGAGAAAGGCUGUGGUCCAAAAGCCCCGCCACCGCAGUUUGAGCACAAAGUGGGAGCAGACCACCUGGAGACCUGCCGUCUCAUAUUUACCACUGACUGA